AAUCUAUACUCUAUUGCUUCUCUAAGAUCUCCAAUCUCUAUGAAUAAAUGAUAAUUUGUGAUUGUUUGUAGGUAAAAUAAUAGAUAUUGCUAAUGGUUAUAUUAUAAAAAACGAAGUGAAAAUUCUAUUUAUUUAGCCCGUUAUAAUUUGCAACGAUGUCUGAUACGAGUGAUUUAGACCGUCAAAUCGAACAAUUGAAAAGAUGUGAGAUUAUAAUGGAGGCAGAGGUUAAAGCCCUCUGUGCGAAAGCCCGCGAGAUCCUUGUUGAAGAGAGCAACGUCCAACGAGUCGACUCUCCUGUCACGGUGUGUGGAGAUAUUCAUGGUCAAUUUUAUGAUCUCAAAGAACUCUUUAAAGUUGGCGGGGAUGUACCUGAGACCAACUAUCUAUUUAUGGGUGACUUUGUGGACAGAGGGUUUUACUCAGUUGAAACAUUCUUAUUAUUACUAGCAUUGAAAGUUCGUUAUCCAGAUCGCAUAACCUUGAUAAGAGGCAAUCACGAGUCAAGACAAAUUACACAAGUAUAUGGCUUUUAUGAUGAAUGCUUAAGGAAAUAUGGAUCAAUUACUGUCUGGAGAUAUUGCACUGAAAUAUUUGACUAUCUAUCAUUAUCGGCUAUAAUAGAUGGGAGAAUAUUUUGUGUUCAUGGUGGGUUGAGCCCUUCAAUACACACGUUAGACCAAAUAAGAACCAUUGAUCGUAAACAAGAAGUACCUCAUGAUGGAGCUAUGUGUGACUUGCUGUGGAGUGACCCUGAAGAUACACAAGGUUGGGGAGUGUCACCACGAGGUGCUGGUUACCUGUUUGGUUCAGAUGUGGUAGCUCAAUUCAAUGUGGCCAAUGAUAUUGAUAUGAUUUGCCGUGCUCACCAGCUUGUCAUGGAAGGAUACAAGUGGCACUUUAAUGAGACUGUCCUUACUGUCUGGUCUGCUCCCAACUAUUGUUACAGAUGCGGCAAUGUAGCUGCAAUAUUAGAACUCAAUGAGAGUCUUCAAAGAGAAUUCACAAUAUUUGAAGCGGCCCCUCAGGAGGCUCGAGGCGUACCAUCUAAAAAACCUCAAGCUGACUACUUCUUAUAAUGUUACCUCCAAUAGACAAUUCUGAUCCUCGUUUAGUAUUACAGUUUUAUUGUAGUGACAAAACAUUACAAUGUGAAACUAAUUCAUUGUGAUGUUAAGACUGCUGUGUUGCAAUUUGUAUGUGUUUAUGAUGAAGUUCUGUGGAUAUUAACCAAUAACUGAAAACAAUAGUGACACAAGCAUGAAUAGGGAUAUUUUUAAAUGUGUUAUAAAUCAAUUAUGGUUUAGUAAAAACUUAAUGAUCAAAAAUUUUUUUUAAUGUUUAUAAAAAUUUUGUAAUUUUUAAAAGUAUGGAAGAUAAGUAAGAUAUCAAAAUAAUAAAUGAAACCUGGCCUAUUUAAGAACUACAUUAUGAUAAUGUGGCCUCAUAACUUAUAUCAAUUAAAUUUGUAAUUGAAACAUUGACAUAGAGACUGCACCGAGCGAUAGUCUCAUACAAUUUACUACUCUCCAAAGACACAAAGUGACUGUGCUGCCACGGUUGUCUUUUUUCUGUAGGACGUAAUGAUGACGACGCAGAAGAAUAAUGGAUGCACUAUUGCUUUGUUUCCUUCACAUUUUUCGCCCCGCAUUUACUUCAAAUAUUGAUAUAAAUAAAAUAAGUUAUUUGA